GAAUCAUGAAGAUCACGUUGUACGUAUUGGCAGCGUUCGUCUGCGUGCAGGUAGCGACUGCAGCCUCGAAGAGCAAGGGCGCAGCGGAAAAAGCGAUAGAAGUAUCGGCAGAAGCCUCGGCAGAAGCGAAAGCAUCUGCAGAAUUGUCUGCGGAGAAGUCAGGAGAAUUAUCGGCAAGCUCGAAGAAAAAAGGCAAGUCAGGAAGCCUUUCCGCCGAGAAAUCCGGAAGCGUUUCCGCUGAGAAAACCACAUCGGGGAAACUUUCCCUUGAAAAAGACAAAUCAGAAGAGGGAUGCGCGAAUUUAGAAUGGAAAGAGAUCCUGGACGAGAUUACAGCCAUCCUUAGAUGCCUGAAAGAAGGCAAAGAUCUCAAGAGUUCGUUGAAGUUAAAGGAAGGUGGACAGAUCUCGAUCCUAGAGAAACUCAAGAAGAAGAUUGCCCUGACUCUUGAAUCGAUAGAAAAAGGCAAACCCGCCGACGAUUUAUUGAAGGAAGAGGACAUCAAAACCCUGAAAGAGAUCCAAGAGAAGCUCGUCGUGAUUGCUCAGCUGGUGCAAAAAGGCAAGGACAUUAGCGGCCUCUUAAACGCAGAGGCGACUGUCAAGAUCAUCGCAGAAUUAAAGGCCAGCAUAAAAACACUUCUGAACGCGAACUUGGCUGCAGAAGAAAGUAAGAAGCUCAAGGGAGGUCUGCUGGGUUUGCUGCAAGGCAAAGGCCUGCUAGAUUUGGAUCUGAUCAAAUCGGUAACUCCUAUAAUCGCCGAAUUGCAGAAGAAAGGCAUCGAUCUUGGUGCCUUGAAGAAAUGGACGAACAUUGGCGCCGGUGCUAUAGACAUAACGAGUAUCCAAAAAACGGUAGAGAAAGUCACUGCAGCGUUGAACGGAGGCACCGAUAUUCAGAAUAUUUUGAGCUCGGCAGGAGCGGAGAAGUUUGGCAUUAGCGCUUCGGAAUUGAAAGGCCUGCAAGGAGUACUCGGCUUGGUUGGCAAGCUGGCUGCAGAAGGCGCGUUGAACCUGAAAAGUUUGUUAAACUUGCAGGGUGGCGCUAGUAUAAUUAAUAUUAGAAAAUUACUUCCUCUGCCGCUGCCUUAAAAAGAAAAGUAGAAGGCAAUUGUACUCUCGGAAGAUUAUUCUUAAGAAUUGAGAAAUCAUGCAGGAUGAAAGAUAGCGAGAUUGAACAUUCGUAAUCAUUAAUGAAUAAAUCUCGAUUUAUAUGUAUCGCGUUGAUAAGGAAAUGUAAUUCAUCGAUACGUUGUAAACACAAAUCUUGUAUUUUUAAUGAAAGUUUUAAUACAAUGCGCAAGUAUUAAGAAGCA